AUGGGCAUCGCGACGUUGGACCUGCGCCCGGGGGUGGGCCUGGGGCCCUUCUCGCUCGGUGCGCCUCCCCCAAGCCCGCUCCUCCUUUCCUUCUUUCCCUGCCCGCGCGCUGCACUCCCCGCUACGGGAUUUGCGCGGUUUGUUUUCGCUUUUUGUCGUCACCUGCUGCCACCUUCCCGUUGCGCCUCCCCCCGUGUGACUCCCCUACCCAUGCUGCCCCCUGCUACCUGCCUGCGC